CUUAUGGGUAAGUGUCAUGUCUGCGCCCUGCUGUCACCCCUCCAACUUUGUUUCUAGUCAUAAUCACAUAAUCAAGACAUCCAAAGGGUUGUGGGUUUAAACGUAGUUUCUAAAGAUGUCGGAGAACAUGGAGCAGAAGAGCGGCUAUGGACAUCCGCUCAGCAGGGCGCGGAUCUCCGAGAUGUUGAUGAAAAACUUCGAGAAGCUGCCGGACGUGGAGCAGAAGCUGUUCAUGUACGGCCCCGUGUACCUGGGGGGCAACGCCGCCCUGGGCGGGCUCAUCUCCAACAGCUUCUUCCGCAGGGCGCUGCACGUCUCUCAGGCUCGGUUCGCCUCCAGCCUGCCGGUGGCCGUGCUGCCCUUCCUCACCACCUACGCGCUGUACACGGCGGCGGUGGUGUCGCCGCUGCUGGCCGGAGACCUCUCCUGCCCCGCCUGCUGCCUGCUGCGCGGCGCCGCCGUGGGCGUGCUGGGCGGCGGGCUGUACCCGCUGGUGCUGGCCCUGCCCCUCAACAUCGCCCUGGCCAGCAGGUACAACACCACCCCGCUGCCGGAGAAGGGCCACCUGCUGCGCUUCUGCCUGGACGUGUCCAGGCCGGUGUUCAACAAGAUGAGGGCGGUCAUCGUGCUGCAGGCCUUCUUCGGGACGUACCUGGGCUCCAGGCACUUCGAGGGAUACACCAAACUGGCCCAGAUCACGUUUGGGAAGAGCGAGGAACUGCAGGACUGAUACAUGAACUGAACUGAACUUUAUUAUUGUUAUUGUUUGAUGUGCAUCGGAUUCAUCAUGUGAAAUAUUCCUGAAACUGUUAAAAUGAAAAUAAAAUCGUUAUUAAUGUUAGUGUUAUUAUUAUUAUUAUUACUACCAGUACUCGAGUUGUAAAAAAAAAUCAGGGGGGAUGGUGGAUUUUAUCAUGUGGGGACAGAUAAUUUGUGCUGAUUACAAAUAAUAUAAUAUAUAACAAAUAAUAGCACUGACCAAAACACCUGCAGAA